AUGAGCUACUUUUACCCUUCCCUAUUAGUCCUUUCUGUUAUUGUCUUUGGUACAGCGCUCUACGUCACUCGAUCUCGAUGGUUACCUCAUGUACCUGUGCCCGGAUACCUCUAUCACCGCCUUCCGUCUAGUUUCGCCGCCGAUCUAGAGGCUGGCUUAAGCUCCUCUCACUUCAACCUCUCCGCAAAUAUUGCUAACGGGGAUUCGAGAGCGGGAUUGGACCAAAAUGCCAAAGAAGAGGUGAAGAGAAUAAUGAAGAGCCAAAAGGUUACAUUCGAUGAAGCUCGUCGGCUUUAUACAGAGCACAGGUUUGCCAAGAACAACAUUGGCCCUGAUGGCAGGCCCAGGGACCCAAAAUUUGUGUCAUUUUCGUAA